CACACCCAAACACACGCUCCUCUGCGGGACUCUCAAUACUAUGAGCUCUCCCUCGUGUGUUACCAUUACACUCUACAGGAAACCGACCUGGACAUGCUGGUUCAUACUUCAGCUAAAUACAUUAACAUACAACAACAUUGUUGACAGUAAACUGUCGUAGUUAUACCCCGAUAUCUGGGGUAAACGUCAUUUGGACCGAGUCAUGGAGAAACUGCUCUUUUUUCUCAUUUUGCUGAUUACAUUUUCAUCCAUCAUCUCAGCAGUAAAUGACACAAACCUCACAAGUACCACACCUCCAAGCACAGUUGUUUCGUCAACCAACUCUGUUAAUUUAACAGAAGCAGUCCAGCAGUUAAAUAUUUCAACUACAUAUGAGGAUAGCAACCAGACCUCAGAACCGGUGAACACAAGCACAACUGUUUUAUUUUCCAGAAGCACAGAAGAAUCCAUCAGCAACACCAGCGUCAUGGUUUCCACAACUCCAACAGCAAUAUCAAAAUCCUACACGGACACAAUGCUAGUCUCAACAUCAGCGGCCAAAACAACAGAGGAUGUUUCUUCAGCAACAGUUCUCUCCAACAUCAGCAUGUCAGAGGCAACAGCGACUCCUUUACCAGCAGAAAGCAGACUCACUUUACUCGCCUUUGGUGUGAUGAGUCUUAUACUGGUUCUGAUUGUUGUUAUGGUGAUCUUGGUCGCCGCUGUCAACCUCAAGGGACGCUGUUGUAGAAACACCCAACAACAUGAGAGUAUUAAAAACUGUGAUUCUUUGGUGUCUGACAGCAACCUGACCAGCAACGGUGAGAAGGAAAACAUCACUCUAGUUUCUGUGAGGACAAUAAACACAGAAUACAAUGCAGAUUCUCCCCAGAUCUCUUCAGUUCACAGCACUAUAGUGGACAAUGAUGACCAUGAACUUUCCAGAGACCAGUUGAUUUCACUGGGUUCAUAAUGCAUGGAGACUGGAGGCUGCAUAUUUACUUGAUAUAUAUUUAUAAUGUUGGCUGAAUGUGGAUUAUUGCACCUUUAGUUAAUGGUUAUUGAACACAUCAUGCCCAUGAUGUUCAUUGGUGCACUGCAUAUCAAAUCAUCAUUAUACCUGCAGGGCUUUCAUUUAGUGAAAAUGACACAUGCUUCAGUAUUCUGCAAAAUGUCACUUUUUGUGCUCCUCUUUGUUUUAUAAAACAGUGCAUUUGUGAUUUUGGACCACAAAACCAGUCAAAAAGUAACUUUUUUGGAAAAUGAGAUUUAUAAAUCUUCUGAAAAUUGAAUAAAUAAGUUUUCCUUUGAUUUAUGGUUUGUUGAGAGGACAAUUUAUGGCUGAGAUUUUUAAAUAUCUGGAAUCUGAGGGUUGAAAAUGUUGAAAAAAAAAUCACUUUUAAAGUUGUCUAAUAUCCAUUUUUAGCAAUGAGUAUUACUAUUCAAAGAGUUCUGCUAUAUUUAUGCAAGGGAAUUUACUAAAUGUCUUCAUGGGAGAUUAGAUUUACUUGAUAUUCUACUGAUUGAUCAGAAAUUGAUCAGAAAAAACAUAAAUUGAUCAUUUUGACCUGUGAUGUAUUUUUGGUUACAAAUAUACCUAUAAAGUCUGGUUUUGUUUUCCAGAGUCAUAUUUAUGUCUUAUCUGAAGCAUUUGUGAAGCUAAAAGUUUUUUUGUCUUCACAAAAAUUAUGUUAUGUUUAAGCCACAUAUGCCUUGUUUUUCAUUGUUUAUUUUUUAAUGUUCUUUGACAUGUCUGUGUUUAACAGUUUUACUGUUUAAAGUUUGACAAAACUGCCAAUAACAUGAAUUAUGUCUUAUUCUCCUGAGUAGUUAUCGACCCAGGCUUAUUCUGAAAACGUACCCCUAUAUUCAUUUCUGGAGAGCGCCAAAUACAUCACAGGAGCUUUUUUUUUUUUCGCAAAUCCACCAGAGGCUGCUGUGUACGCUUUUUGAGCUCUCAAAUUUCUUUCAUGAGUGCCAUUCGCGCCUGCUGUUCUUGCGAAAAUUCACCAGAGGCCACUGUCCACUGACUGACUGACUGAUCGACUGACCCACCCUCCUCCUUUCCUAAACCCAACCAAUAGUAUUUUAGAAAGCACCGAUUGACCCCAGAAAUGUAUAUAGGGUUUUCAGAAUGAGCCUGGUAGUUAUAGCUUGGGCUUUUUAAAUGUUCUUACAUCUUUAAUUUGUACAACAAGGACCACAUUCAUAUAGGGUGCAAAAGCCAAUGCAAAACAUUUUUAUGCUAAAGAAAAAAAAACUUUAUUUAUAAACCACCAGAGGACCAAAACUCACAUUAUGUACACCACACAUGUAGAGAACAGCAAUAGUAAUUUAGGCCUACACUGGGACGUAACAAAUAGCUAAAUGUUUUUUGUUGUUGUUGUUGUUGUUAUUGUUGUUUUUAUCCCAGCACAAUUAAUGCACAGCGUAUUACACUACAGUGUUUCUUUGUUUUAAAUGUGUUGACAAAAAUGACAGUUUGAUUAAAAAAAAGAACUGUUAAUAAAUAAAAAUACAAAAUUUCAAAUAUUAGCCUACUUUAAAAUCUGUU